AUGACGGAUCAACCGAAACCAAGUCUUUUCUCUUCCCUAAGUCUGGGUCGAGCCUCUCGUUCUCCGCGACCGUCCAAUACACCCAUCGAACCACUCACCCACCCUCUACUUGGUGCAUCGACGUCAUCUCUCAACUUGCCUACCUCCGAACUGGCUCCUUCGGACGCGUCUGCUCCUCACUUGACCCACAAAUCUAGCGGAUCAUGGUCCGCCAAAUCAGGUGCUGCCGAAUUGACGAAUCUCCCUUACAAGCCUAGACAGCGUCAUGGUGGUGGUAUAGGCUCAGCAGGUAGUGCAGCCAGCAUCUUUGGUCCAUCAGGUAUAGCAUCUCCAAGUACGCAGCCAGCCACAUCAAGUAUAUCUACCUCGCCUGUAACUCCAACUGCGAUAGUCUCAGCGCCACCGACUACGUCAACCUCCACAUCUACUACCUUCGCACUACCCCCUUCGACUUCUGAUCCACCCGCUCAAGCUGACUACUCAGCUCUCUCAUCCGCACCAAACCUUCCUGCAUCAUCUGUCCUCACAAGUAGGCUUCAAAUACAGAGUCUGAAAGCUGCCGCCCAGAGAAUAGGUCUCGGUAAUGGAAGUAUGGGUAUGUCGAUGAUAGAUGCCAUCUUCGACAAAGGUCAAUUGGGAAGGGCCAAAGCUGGAGAAGGAGGGGAUUGGGGUGAUCUGUUGAGAAUACUCAUGGGAGGAAAGGCUGUCCUGCUCCUUCCCACCACGCCGUCUUCGUCACUUCCGAUGACCCCUCAAACACUUAAAGAUCAUGUUGCUUUCAUCGCGCCACCUGUCCCUUUGGCCUCUUCCUCCUUCACUUCCAAACAACCUGGUAACGCGUCGCAAGCUUCGAGCGACGAGAAACCUUCCACAAUGGACAGUGUUAGCGUAUUUGUCACUAUGUCAGGUAUGAUUGGUACCAUCCAGAACGAUAUUGUAUCAUUCGAAUCCACCGUCCCUUCUGACUCACCUCUCAUCCGUGACCUUCGCGAUGCCACUACUCGACAGAGUGUUCUAUCUACACUCAGGCCUACUCAUACUACAUCUUCACCUUCCUCCUCUUCCUUAUUUCCAACUUUUACCUUAUCUAAAGAGACAGCCAUCCUUCCGUUUCCGCCUCCAUCAAAGACGGGCCCCGCAGCAAGCAACGAGACAAAGGAGAAAGAAAAGCCUCCUCCAGGUAAAUUAGGGCGAAUAAACCCUUUUGCCUCAUUAUUUGGAGGAUCAUCAAACGCUCCUAGUCCCGCUCUCAGCUCCUCUCCAGUCAGCAUACAUCCACCCGCACCUCCUUCUCCAUCUCUCAAAGCCGACAACACUCUGACACCAGACAGGCCUCUCUCACCGUCACGCCCACAUGUAGGUAGUAGGCCAUCGUCACCAACUCCAGCUUCCCCCAAGCCGGCAUCUCUCCUUACAUUUGAUCACGGUGAUAACGCUUCGAUCAUGUCUGACACCGCAUCAAUCUCGCUUGCCCACGGAGAAGGCUAUCAAGUCACAGCUUAUACCGUUUCUCGACCUAUAAGGUAUCAUGAAACCCAUAAGACCCUGACCAAAGCGAUCAGAUCUCACAUUCGAGAAGUGCUAGCAAAGUUACCGGACAAAGUUAUAGAAAAGGUCGUCAAGCUUGUAUUAGCGAAUGCCUGUCCAUCAUCCCAAGGUGAUGACCUACUCAAAAAUCAUAAAGGACAUUCCCAUGAUGUAGAUAAUAUAGCUGUAUUGGAUUUUUACGAUCCUACCACUACAGGAGAGAGAUUGCAAGAUUUUAUGGAGGGUAUAUACGAUGAUUUGAUCUCACAUUACAGAUCUGAAGGAUCCGACGGGCUGAAGAGGAAGGGGAGUGGUAAUGUACCUUGGGGAAGAGCAGCUCACGGCCAGAGUAUGUCAGCUGAGGGAGUUGAAGAAUCUGCCAAAGAGAAGAAAGAGAAAGAUAGGCUGGAGAAAGAAGAACAGGUCGAGAAAGAAGCUAGCGAAGGUACAGAAAAGGUUGAAGCUGUGGUUUGCAGGUUGCUGUAUAAUAGAUUAUUCUCGCCGCUCGAAUCGGAUGAUGCAAGACACGACGAAGCGCUCGCUUCUCGUAUAGCAGCGUUAAAUAUGCUGGACCUAUCACUGGAUCACUUAGGCUUGAUCACUAGGCCCGAGGGCGAGGAGCCGGAAGGUGCCAUCGCGAAGGGCUUGACGGACAUCGUCGACGAUAUUGGACAUGAAUUCCAGAAAUUGUCCGGAAGCGAUUGCUUGACACCGAAAGACAAGGCCAGCGUCCUCAUCAAAGCACAUAAGAUCGUGGUCGAUGGUCUUGCUCGGAUGCCUAAUGUGGAGCUUCGACCUGAAGGGGAGCCGUAUCGCCCUCCACAGGGCGAAACUAGCGCCCGUGAUACACACAGCAAUACUCCUGGUGGAGAACCGCCUACAACAUCUAUUCCCGAGACUGAAUCAACAAUGACAUCGCCCUUAUCACAGAAUGCUUUAUUAGACAUCGACCAUAAGCAUUCGAAUGUAUCACCAUCCUUGUCAGAGUCUUCCGAUCCGUUGAAUGCGAUAGGAGGCGAUAUUGGGGCCACUCCCAAGCCGAUCAUGCAGAAAAGUCCUUCUGUACCUCAACUCGUGUUGAACGAAUCGACUGCCGAUCUCCAACCUGAACCGGAUCAGCUCAGACAAGCAAUGUCAGAUUCAGUCAUAACACUCACUCCAUCCAGGAGUCGAGAAACGACCGAGUCGUCCAACAGCUCUGUACCACCACCCAAAGCAGCUACAGCUACAACUGGCAGACCUGGGACUUCUGGUGCCGAUCUCAUCUUGCCAAUCAUCAUCUACUCUGUUGUCAAGUCCAAUCCACCGCAACUAGCCUCACAGCUCAUGUAUCUCCGACGAUACCGAUCUGCCAUCUGCCUGACAGGGGAAGCGAGCUACGCGAUAGUCAAUCUUACAGCUGUCGUAGAAUUCCUUGAGCAUGUUGAUUUGGCUGAAUUAGGACUAGGCGGACAGUCAGAUAGGGUCAUGUCAAUUGCCGAUUUAUCGCCUAUAGGCUUGAAUUACCUCGACGAAAGUAACGCAGAUGCGGCAUCGAUCGCCUCAGCCUCUUCAAGGUUGCGAGGUAGGGUAUUCCAAGUGGGUGAAUUGGCAGGUACAGCGGCUGGAUCAGCGAAUAAAGUGAUAACGGGAGUGGUCGAUUCUUCUUGGAUGGCUCUGAGAGGACUGAUGGGUAAUGGAUCAGCACCGAAUCCCGAUUCCUCCGGUAUAGAAACUUCAUCUGCGGAAAGUGAGAACAGACCCGAAAUGCGACCUAGAGGUGCUUCAACGUUCUCACUAGCUAGUGUGACUGCGAGUGUCGCUUCAAUCGCUGCCGCCGCAGCCGCCAGGAAUCGAUCAAGAGCAAAUUCACGCGCUUCAGAGCAAGUCUGGGGAGGUAAUCAGGAAUUACAAGAGGUUUCGUCGAAUUCAAGACCCGCUUCUUUAAGGGAACGAUCGAACGAGUAUUACUCUUCAGAUGAAGAUGGUAGUGGAUCCGAUGAGGAACAUGAGGUGGAUGAGAACGAACCAGCAGGAGAAGAGCAGAGCAAAAAUGGAAAGGGGCUGAAAGAGGAGGUGAAAGAGAGAGUCAGCUUAAGUAACAGGUUGGCUUCGAUCGGUGUUUUGGGCAGGUUGAGCAGUCCGGCUGUAUCUUCUCCAACUAACAGUACGGAGAAUGAUAUUAAAGCUACGGAGGACAAUAUACCUGCUCCUGCACCAAGUAAAGCAUCGACCUUCCUCGCCAAUUUGACUCCAAGAUCAAUAUCAGCUUCAUUGCCUUCAUCUCAUACACCAGGUAACGGAACUAAAGACCAGGAAACCAAACAACCUCAAACUCAUGGGAGGAGAGGAUCGAUCCUGAGCAAUUUGGAUUCUAUACGAUCACGCUCUCGUUCACCUAGAGGUAGUAUGUCGUCAUUACCGCUAUCUAAGAACAACUCAGGUGUGGAGUUGAGCGAGAAUGAUGGACCGUUAGAUAGGUUUAUGAACUGCGAUGUGGGAGAUAUCAAGAUCUCAGAGAUUGGUGCGUUGUUGAGAGAUUAUAGGAGACUAGGAAAUAUAGUUUCGAAUGUUCAGAAGAACGGUCAACCUCAACAUCCACAACAUCCAUCCAGUUGA